GAAAUCAAAAUCAAAUAAGUUAAUAGAGGGAGAGAGAGAGAGUUUUAAAGAGGGAGGCAUUGAAGUGCUCACAUCAAAUGAAGCACGGAGAUGGCUCUAAUGGCGUGCAGGACGAAGGCAUCUAGGGCUCUAAAUUGUCUCAUAGAGAAAACAGCUUGUCUCAGAACUGGGCCUUGCGCCAAUGGCUUUUCUCGGAGGAUUCUGGACGACCCAUUUGGGGGAAUAGGCCAUUUUCGCUGUUAUUCUUCUUAUGCGGCCGUGGCUUCGAACGAGUCCAGACUGGGUUUGGGUGGGUUUGAGGUUUUGGGACUGAAAGAUUACGAGGAGUAUAGAAAAGCUCUGUACGGAGAGAUAACUCACAAGGCUCUCUUGGUUGAUGCCGUCGGCACUCUUCUUGUUCCCUCACAGCCCAUGGCUCAGAUCUAUAGAAAGAUUGGUGAGAAAUAUGGGGUGGAGUAUUCGGAAACUGAGAUAUUAAACAGAUACAGAAGGGCUUAUGCACAGCCCUGGGGUAGAUCUCGACUCAGAUAUGUGAAUGAUGGAAGACCCUUCUGGCAAUACAUAGUCAGCUUUUCCACUGGCUGUUCAGAUACUCAGUACUUUGAGGAACUUUACCACUACUAUACUACUGAAGAGGCUUGGCACCUCUGUGAUCCUGAGGCAGAGAGAGUAUUCAUGUCUCUUAGAAAAGCGGGUGUAAAAUUGGCUGUUGUUUCAAACUUUGAUACUCGAUUAAGACCCGUUCUGCAGGCAUUGAAUUGCAAUCACUGGUUUGAUGCUGUGGCAGUGUCAGCUGAAGUUGAAGCAGAGAAGCCAAAUCCUACAAUAUUUCUAAAAGCUUGUGAGUUAUUGGGAGUAAAACCAGAGGAGGUUGUUCAUGUAGGAGAUGACCGGAGGAAUGAUAUAUGGGGUGCCAGAGAUGCAGGCUGUGAUGCUUGGCUCUGGGGAAGUGAUGUCUACUCCUUCAAGGAGGUUGCUCAAAGGAUAGGGGUCCAGGUCUGAUUGAAGAAGACCCCUUGAAGGCAGGAGGACUGGGGAAUGUUUUCAUUCCGUACCUUGGUUGCAGAAGGCUUGUAUAUAAUCUGACCCUGUUUUGGUAUUGGUUUCUGUAAGCUAAUUGUAUGCUAGCUCUGAUCGAUGUAAUUUGUCCUUAUGAUUGUAGAGCUAUUUAGACAACUGGCUUGGAUGUGAUUAAAAAUAAAAAUAAAAAAACUCCAAGGAGAUGUGUAUAAAGGGGGCGAUUUUCACAA